AUGUUGCGGCGUGUGGGUUUUCACCUCCGGCUCCCGCCCAGCCACGCGGCCCCCGCGGUCGCGCUCGGCCGGCGGGUGCCCGCGCCCGUGGCUCCGGCCGCGCCCGCGCGGGGCUUUGCGGAGAAGGUGCAUCGCCAGCGGCUGCUGGACGGCGGGGAGGAGAUCCUCACCGAGGAGGAGAAGGUGGAGAAGGACAACAUCAUCAAGGACCUGACCAAGCGAUUGAGCGGCCCUCUGGCAGAUGAGCACGGCAACAUUCCGACCGGAGAGGACCGCCCCAUCGCCAUCGAAGUGGAUGGGCCUUCCCACUUCUAUGCGAAUUCCAAGCGGUACACCGCCUACACCAAGUUGAAGCACCGGCUUUUGACGCGGAUGGGCUAUAAGGUGCUGCAUGUGCCGUAUUUCGACUGGCGGCAGCUGAGAUCUGCCAAGGACCGGGAGGAUUACAUGCGCGCCAAGCUGAAGGAGGAGCCGACGGAGUGGCUGGACCCUGAUGACGAGAAGUACUACAUGCAGGGCCCCGACGAAGGCGAGGACGAGUUUUCCGUGGAGCCGGACAAGUCGAGCUUGAGGCCAGCGCCGACACCGCAGACACAAACGCCGCAGGCGCCGCAGGCACCACCUCAGGCACCGCCCCGAGCUCCGCAGGCACCGCCCCAGGCACCGCCUGCUCCAGCAGCACAGCCCCCACGGCCACCCGGCCCCAAGCCGUCCAAGAGCAAACCGCUUCUGCCGCCGGAGCACUGGCCACCUUGCCCGCCACCGCCGAAGAGACCUUGA